CUUCAAGACGACGACCUAUUAAUAGGCCGUCAUACCGAGUGCCGCUCCAAAGAGUUGUAUGCUGCGUUCGUCUGCGCUGGACGCGGAAACGCCCACCAACCGCUGACACACACCCGACCGAACCGUCGUAAAACAUCAUCGGCAAGUCCGCAUUUUGGAGCGCGGACUCACUAUGCGAACAUAUGUUGUUUCCUUGUAUCAUGACAAGCUUAGGAGGUCAGUCGGGCCAUAUGUUCUGCUCGCGAACGCUUCUUCCCGCUCGUCCAGCCGCGUUCUUAGACGUCGCCCCUGAAACACAUUCACUCUGACUUGCGGCCUCACUCAAAUCAGUGAAAUGUAUGCCGCAUUCACGCUUGCCGCAUCCUGACUUCGUUCACGCCCUGGUUCCUCAGGAAAACACCAGGCUUCUAAUGCUCGGGAACAAUAUCAUGGAUAAGCAUGAACACAGUCCUUGAGGGACACCUUAGGGAGUGGAAAUGGAGCAGGAGGCGAGGUUGCGCGGUGCGACUGUGUUGGUGGCAGUAGAAGAGGGCACCGCGCUUCCAGAACUCUUGGGCGAAUUGGCAAGCGGUGGCCUUCUUGCAACAUAUGCAGUCGUUUCUGGUAACAGCUUAGCUGGUUGUGCGCUCCCCAGCGACCAGAGGGUCGCACGUGGCGACUGGAAGCUACUGCGCCUCGCGCGCAGCGGCGGUGCAGCGCCCAAUGGCGAGCAGCCAGCACCCCCAGGCCGCGGCCAAUGGGAGGCCACGUUGUUGCCGCUGACAGGCUCGACUGACGGCAAGGGCGCUGCUGCGCAAACGCGGCGCUUUGACUUCUGCUGCAUCCUGGUCCGCAACCCGCACACAGCUGCCGGCGGCGUGGCGAGCGCGGGCGGUCUGGAACCGAGCCCCAGCGGCAACGGCGCUGGCGUGCUUGCGGCCGCUGCGGCGCUGCCACUCGUCCUUCCGCUGCCUGCGUUGACACCCGCCGCCCUGGCAGCGGGGCGGCGAGUAGUGGUGGUAGGGGACGGUGCGGAGGCUGUGGAUGCGGCGGAGGCUCUGGCGCUGCUGUGCGGCGGCGACCGGGUGCAGCUGGUGCUCGCGCCGCCGCCGCCGCCAGCAGCACCAGCAUCAGCAGCGCCAACUGGUCAGGUGCCUGGGGCUGGCACCGACAGCGGCAGCGGCAGCAGCACAUCGGUCUCGGCUGGAAGUAGCAGCAGCAGCGGCGCGACAGCAAAUGCAGCGGCAGCGGCCUCCUCGUCUUGGGGGAGUGCCGCCUCAGCUUCGGUGGCAAGUACGCUGGCCGGCGGCGGCUGUAGCAAUGCUGCUGAUGCCGCGGCCCCUGACGCACCCCACGGCGAGGGCAGUAGCAGCAUCAGCUCACCAGCCGUGCCGCCGCCGCAAGCCGCGAGUGCGCUGCCGCCGCCCGCCGGCGGCGAAGUGAUGAAGGCGGCGGCGACCACCAUGACAGCAAUGGUGGUGCCUGGGGAUUACCUCCUGGAGUCGGCACGGCGGCGUGCGCUGGCGGCGGCGCUGCAGCCGCACCACAGCGUCCCCAUGCCCGGUGCCCUCAACCGCGCGCUUCUGGCCCCCACCAAGAAGCGGUUCUGGGCGCUGGUGAAAGACAAGGUGGCGGCCGUGGCAGCCAAUGCGGCCGCCGUGGCAACGCCGGGGCGGCGGCCGCCGCCUUCUCCGCGGUUGAGCGCUGCUGGCGGCAGCGCUGCUGCUGCUUCAGGCACGGGUGCGGCCGCCAGUAGCGCUGCUGUCGGUGGUGGCGGCGGCGGUGGUGAGCUGCGGAGGACACCCACCAGCACUAGCCGCCGCCGUCCUGCGCUGGCGCUCCGCAUUGUCACCUCGGCCAGUCCGGGCGACCACAGCAGCGCCCUGCUGCUACCGCCUGUGCCGCCAGCACCAGGCCCGACGGGUCCCGCCGCCGCCGCCGCCGCCUACUCGCCCGGCCGCCUGUCCCCUGCAGCAGCAGGCGGCAGCCCUGCCACAGCAGCGGCGGCAUCUCCAGCAGCCGGCGGGCCCCUGUCCGUGUCCAUGUACACAGGCACACCUCGCGCCGCCGCCGCUGGCGCCGCCGUCCCGCUGCCAUCUCCGCUCACGCUCGCGGCCGCCGCCGCCGCCGCCGCCGCCGCGUUGGGCCAGCCGCCCUUGGUGGCACCGGCCGCCGCUGCGGCUGCGGCUGCGGCUGCGGCAGCCGGGAGCUUUGGGACUGCAGACAGGGCUGAAGCGACUGCGACUACGACUGGGGCCGCGGCCGCAGCAGCGGCAGCAGCUGCUGGGGUUACCUCCGCAAGCAACAGCCCUCACCACGUGGCGCCCCGGCGCACGUCGGCGCCGGGGUCCCUGCUCGCGCAGGCCGCGUUUGGUCGCCAGGCAUCCGACAGGUCACAGCAACAGCAACAGCAACAGCAACAGCAGCUGCUGCCACAAUGGGUUGGCUUGCCUGCCCGGGCACCCACCAACCCCACCACACCUGCUGUAGCAGCUGGAGUGGGCGUCAGCAGUAGCAGCAGCAGCCCCCGCCCGCGUGGCGGACCCAGUGAACCGGGUUUCACAGCAGCAUCUCCGACCUUUGGCAGCAGCAGCAGUGCGGCGGCCGCCGGCUUCCUGGAUCCAAGUUCCACGCUGGUGGCGUGGGCGCCCAGCGCCAUGGAUCCACGGGUGAUGCCGUAUCUGGAUUCAGAUCUGAGGCGGCGGCUGCUGGGGUUCCCGGAGCUGCCGGAAACUGCUUCUCCCUCGCCGCGGUCGGGCAUGGGUGCGGCCGGCGCUCAGCAGGUGGUUGAUGAGUCCGUGGCGGCUGCGCUGGCGGCGGCUGCCGGCUGGGGGCCGCGGCUGCUGCUGUACCGGGGACUGCUACAUCCCGACCUGCCCGGACUGGUGGUGCUGGGACACGAGGUACACGCAGGCAGCAGCCCACGGGUGCUGCAGCUGCAGCAGGCCUGGGCGGUGCGGCACCUGCAAGCGCUGGCCCGGGCAAAUGGCGGCGGCAGUAGCACCACACACACCACCGCCAUCACCUCCACUGGCAGUAGCACUCUCAGCGGCAGAAGCGGCAGUACGCAGUUGCGGCCGUUCCUGCCGCCAGCUACAGCCAUGCGUGCUGAGCUGGAGCUGCAGCGGGUGUGGCGGCGUGCCGCCCUGUCGUGUCACUUCAUGUCAACGAACGGAUCCCUCGCACGCAAGGCAGAGGCGGCGUACCUCACACAGCUAGAGUCCGACCUACGAGGUCCGCAGCUGUUACUGCCGCCCAAGCCGGGAGGAGACAGCGUUGCCGGCGGGCUGCUGGGUGCGGCUGGCGAUGAUGGCGGUGGCCUGCCGGCGUCGGCUGUAGCAGGCAAGACACAGGCAGGGGUGGCGGCGGCAGCGCAGGGCGCACUGCUGAGAGGCGGGCUGGGUGGGGCGGAGGAAGGGCGCCACUCAGCGCCUGCGCCGCAAGCGCGGAGGGCCGAGGUCGCUGCUACAGCCGCCCACACCAGCUCCACGUCUGGAGUGAUCGCGAGUGCUGUGGCGGCUGGGGCACUGCCGGGCGCACAGCAGCAGCAGCAGCAGCAGCAGCAGCAGCAGGAGCAGCAGCAGCAGGAGCUGCCCCCACCAGAUCUGCGCGUGUCAGGCAACGGGGCGGCGAGCGCUGCAAAUGCAGACACGGCUGCUGCCGGCACCGGCGCGGCUGCCGAGGCCACUCAGCCAGCAGCGGUAGCAGCAGUGACGCCCGACAGUUUAGCCCAAAGUGAGGCAGGGCCAGAGCACGGCCCAGAGCUGGCGGCAGCAGCCGGUGCGGCAGCAGCUGCAGCAAGCACAGCGCAGCUGCAGCGGCAGCAGGCACCUCCGCUGCAGCUGCCCUGCGUCGCGACAUGGCUACCGCAACCGGCCGCCGCGGUGGCGGCGGCAGCAGCAGGAUCGGCCACGGAAGCCACCGGUCGUGACGGCAAGCCUGCCAGGUCAAGUGACGACGACGGGGGUCUGGCGGAUGCCUUGCUACUGCCCACACCACCAUCACUGGAGGUCGUGGCGGCUACCUCGCCGAGUGGCAGUAGCAGCAGGGCCGUGCCGAUCCCUUGCGGCCCUCGGUCUGCUACAGCCUCGCCCCGGGCCACCCCCAGCCCUCCAUUCCGCGGUGCCGCAGCCAUGCUAUCGUCGUCCCCGCACGGGCCGUCGCCCCUGCGGCCCGCCAACUCCGCGGUGCCGCUCGCACGCUACAGCGGCAGCCCGAGCCACACCCCGCCCCGCCGCUCCAGUGCCGCCGGCAGCUUCGGCCGUGUCAGCGGCUCGGGCUUGCUUCCUGGAUAUCUCCACGUCAACGGCGACGGCGAGGGCAUGAGGUUCCGCCGCAGCGGCAGCGGCGUGGCGGCGGCGGUGGCGGCGGCGGCGGCGGCAGCGGCGACCGCCAGCGUUGUUGCAGCGGCUGCCACUGCCGUGGCGGAGACCGCCGACAGUCAGUUCUCUCGCCAGUCGCUGUCUUGGUAUGAGCAGGAAGCGGAGCUAGAGGCAGCUGAGAGGAGGGAGCGGGACGCGGAGAAGGCUUCAGCAGCUGCCGCAGCCGCAGGCGCCACGGGCGGUGCUGCUGCCACACUGGAUGCAUCGCCCGAGGCUGCGGCGUCCAUGGCAGGCGCGCGGCCGUACGGCGGCAGCAGUGGCAGUGGCUGGGGCGGCGACGGCAGCCGACUCGGGUUUGUUGUCAUCACCCCGGCAGCAGCUGCAGCAGGGCCCCCGCCGGCCGUGGCCUCGGCACCCUCGCCAUCCGUGCUGCUGGGCGGUCUGCUGGCUGCAGGCGGCCCCGCGGCCCUCGGGACUGGCGGAGGCAAUGGAUCUGCUGGAGCCGCUGGGGCCGUCGGCGGCGGCAGUACGGCAAGCGGCAACGACAGCAGCGGAAGAGCCGCGGCCUCUGGGCUGCUGUGUGUGCCGAGCCCGCCAUGUGGCGGCGUGGCACAGCUUGCGGCGGCGUUGGAUGCGGCCGCGGCGGCGGCGGCGGCGGCGGCGGCCGGCAGCAGCGGCGGCGGCGGCAGCGCCCCCGCGGGUGGCGGGGCCGGUUGCGGCGGCACCGGCGGCAUCAGCGUUGUGGGCCUGAGCAGCAGCUUGGGGUUUGGCCUAGGGGCUGCUGGUGGAUUCACCAAGACGGCCUCGGGUCGGUUGCCUGGCGCCGGCGCGCCUACGCUGCCGUGUGUGCUGGAGGCGGCGGAGCCCAGUGGUGGCAGCGGCACAGUCAGCAGCUUCGAGGCCGCGGCGGCGGCGGCACUGGUGACGCAGUGGCAACGGGCUGCUGACGGCGGCGGCGCGGGAAGCGCCGCUGGGGAUCGUAGAGGUGUCGGCGACGGUGAAGGAAGCAUGAUGCUUACUGAGUGCACUUCGUCCCCCCUUUUGGGGGUGAGCACGAUGGGUCCAGGCCGUGGCACUGCAGGGGAGUCGGGGGACGCAGCCGGCCGCAGAAGCGUGCGGCGCCGGCACUCCCUGUCGGGGGCGCUAAGGCGGCUGACGGCUCUGCAGAUAAGCGGCGGGCUGGGCGGGAUGCGUGGGAGCAGCAGCAGUAAGGGCCUGCUGGCCUCGGACGCAAGCGGCGGUGGCGCGGCGUCGCCGCCGCUCAGUGCAAAGGUGCCGAGAUCAGGAGGAGUUGGCGCCGGUAGGCUGCUGGAUGGUUGCAGCCUUGGAUAUGCGGGCGUGUCCUCAGCAGGCGCGGCCGGCGUUGGCGUCGCUGCGGGGGGAGGCGGGGUUGCAGCCGCAACGGACAGCGCUGACAGCUCCGGCGGCGCCGUUGACGUGAUGGCGUCGCAGAUUGCGGCCCUGCGUGCCCAUCUGCUCAACCCCGCAGCCUUCCCCUUCCCCGACGUAAGCUUGCGUCAGCACCGCGACGCCGGUGCGGCAGACCCAGCAGGCUUCGGCGCCACACGCGCCACCACCGGCGGUCUGGCUGGCAGCCCCAGUGCGCCCGCCGCCGCCGCCGCCGCCGCCGCCGCCGCCGCCGCCGCCGCCGCCGCCUCGUCGAGCGGCGCUGCCAGCAGCCCCUCCAGCCCGGCGGCCGCAGCCGCCAUGGGUCGGCAGACCUUGCAGAAGCCGCCGCUACCGCCGACUGCCUUCUCUCCUCGCAUGUCCAUGGAGAGUGCCCGCGCUCCGGGGCCUGGCGGCAGCGGCGCCCAGGCGAGCCGGUUUGCCGUAGCGGCCGCAGCACUGGCGAGCGCGAGCAUGGCGAGCCUGCCUGCACCGGAUGCGGCUUCGGCGGCUGCGUCUGUUGCUGUAGUUGGGGCUGUGGUUGCGCCGGCGGCGGGUCUUGUUGAGGGAGCUGCCAACAGCGGUCGUGUGGCAAGGCAAUACCAGCAGAUGCAACAGCCGCCGGCCUGGCCGCCUGCUGCGGCGGCAGGUGUUCCCCAAAAACGCACGGGGGAGCACGGCGGCGACGUGUUUGCUGCAGCCGCUGCGGCUCGCAACCGCCGCCCCCUGACACGGGCAGCUAGUGAUAAGGGCUGUGGCAUGGGCAGGUUCGCGGCAACCGUUGUGCCAGCCCCUGCCGCCGCUGCUGCCACCACCGGCGUUGGCAGCCACACAGCGGCAAGCGCCGACGGUUACCUGCCCCAAGCGCAUGCAACGGUGGCGCCCGCCCCGGCUGGUGUAACUGCCACGUGUGGACGCCGGUCGUACGGCAAUGCAUUGCCAACCGCCCCAACCGCCACCGCGAGCGACCGCAUCCCGCUGAGCAAGGUCGUCAAGCAAGCCUCCUGGGGCGACUUCCGCAAUAACCAGCAACGGGCGUCGUCGGGAGGAGGUGUGGUGCGGGCGCUUGCUGCUGACGGCACCACUGCCGCAACCACCAUUAACGGAAUGCCGGCGCCACCGCAUCGCGGUCUGUCGUCGGGUCUCGGCAGCGCCCCUCCCUCAGUGGGCGCCGCCGCUGCCUCGCCGCCCGCCAAUCCCGGCGCUGCCUCCCGCAUCGCCAUCCGAAAUGCCAUGGCGGCCACGGCAUUUUUGCAGCGGUCGCAGCCACUGGCGUUUGGCUGGGCGGUGCCCCCGGCUGCUGGCUCGCCGGAAGCGCUGCUGAUGGCGGAGGCAGGCAGCGGCCGUGGCCCCAACACCAGCGGCCCAGACAGCGGCUCUGCGGCAGACGGUGCGGCCGCAGAGCCGUCGCAGCAGCGCCGCAGCAGCGACCGCCGCCACACAGGCGCACCGCCUCGCUUGCCCCCGGCCUACGCGGCAGCGGCAGCAGAUGCUGAGACGGUGGGGGCGACGGCAGCGGGGGCGCCGCCGCCUGGGCCGUCCAGCCAUGCAACCGGUUUUCGUCGGAUUGAGUCAGACGGCAGUUUGAACACAACUGCAACUGUGGCGGCGUCUUUUAACACCGCCGCCUUCCAAUCGGGCGGUCCGUGGUCCGCCAAUGCUGGCUUGGCUACAGCCGCAGCUCGGCAGCCCGAAAUGGCAGUAGCAGCGGGCGGAGAGCCGUGGGAGCAAGUGGCUGCUGUUCGGACCUCCCUGCUGACACAGCGCAGGGCUCCAACAGCCUUCGGCCCCAGCAGCGCAUCAGCUAUACGCCAGCCGCAGCAGCACUCCCCACAGCACCCGCUGCCGCCAUUGCCACAGCCACCCGCAUCGGCGGGCGCGGGCGCCGUCAACGGCCUCAUGAUGCACUCCUUGCCCCUGCCCAGCCGGAUGGAUGGACCCGACACAGGCACCUCGCUUGACAUAUGUGCCCACACCGACGGAGUCCACGCCACCAGUAUCAGCGGCGUUGUGGUGGGCGCCGAUGUCAGCGCCAGCGGCGGGCUGCUGGCAACGGACCUGCUGAGCCAGUCAGGCGGCGCCUGGGGCCGCGGCAACGUGACCAGCAGCGGCGCCGCCACAGGCAGCAGUGCACAGCGGCUGAGCGCCCAUGGCGACACAAGCAACGGCAGCGCUAGCCACAGCAACAGUGGCAGCGGCAUGCGUCACGGCAUAGGCGCCGCGCUAGCCCGAGCCGGCUCCACGUGCCGCCGCCGGUCGCAGCAGAAAGACACGACUGCCGACCAACCGCUGCAACCGCAACCGCAACCGCAACCGCAACCGCAACCGCAGCCCUUGUCAUCACCGCCAGUGACCGACCGCGCGCCAGACCGUGCACACGCCGACAGGGCAUCGCAGCUGCCAAACACAAUGGCAACCGUGCCAGGCGCCAGCCCUCCCCCGGGCCGCAUGAGCAUGCCCGGCGGCUUCCCGCCGCCGCCCUUCGUACUGCCCAACGCCGCCCGCAUGCCGCCCGCCUACCACGAGAGCUACCGGUCGCUGCUACCGCCGAGUGGUGCGAUGGCGGGCACCAUCGCGGCGUCAGCUGGCGGCAGUAGCGCCUGCGGCGGCGCCAGCAGCUGCAGCGGCGCCGCCCUGCCCCGCGGCAGCGUUCUGGUGGGCGCCGCGGCCGGUGGCCUUGUAUUGGCCUCGCCUAGGUCCCUCCGUCGUCAAUUGACUCCAGAGCAACGCAGCAAUACCCAUGCUGGCAUGUUCGCCGGCAGCGGCAUCGCUGGCGCCGGCGGCACGAGCCGGUGCAGCGACCGAGGUCUGGGUAGCCUGUUGGGCGCGGCGGCGGAGGCAGCCGUUAUGUCUUAUCGAGAACAGAAGGCCGCGGCGGUGGCGGCCGCCGCUGCUGCCGCCACGUCCAGCAUGCCAGGCUCUCCGAUGGUGCUCGGGGGCCCGGGUAGCGGCGGCGUCACGUUGGGUCUGCUGGGCACAUCACCCGGCUCAGCUCGUUCCAGCUAUUUGGGCUCAGUCGGCGGCGCCGCACAUGCCGCGCUGCUGGCCCGCGGUGGCUCCGCCCGCCACUUGCCCACCACCACGGUCACGGGGGGUGGCAAUGGCGGCAGCGCACUUGUUGGUGCCGGCACCUGCAAUGGUGUGGCCGGGGGAUACGACCGCGGUGGGACCGCGUCGGGAACUGCCUCGCCGUCGCCGUCGCCGUUGCGGCUCGGCGGCUCGACCCGCGGCGGCGGUGCCGGCCGCCAACCAGUGCGCGUGUCGUCGCUGCUGCGUCGUGGCGGCUCCACACGCAAUGAAAGCCCAGCGUCAGAAGCGCGCGACGCGUCGCCCGGGCCGCAGGGGCGGUCGGGUGUUGGGCUGUCGCUGCUGCGGCGGGGCGGCUCGGGGCGAGACGUCAGCGGCAGCAGUCCCGGCGACUCGCCUGUGGUGGGCGCUCAGGGCGGCGGCGCCAGCAGCCGUUUAGGCGCCGGCGCGGGUCCCUCCUUUUUCCUGCGACGGGGCGGCAGCGGCCGGGACAUGACGGGAUCGGUGGCGGCUAGCAGCGCCGCCGGCAGUGCGAGCGUCUCGGCCAGCGGCGGUGCAGUGCCGGCGGCGGAAGACGGCGCGGCGCUUGGCGGCGGCGUCGCCAACGGCCUGAUCAAGCUGUGGAGUCGCCUGUCUUCGCUAAAGCGGGCCGAGCCAUCAGGCCCGGCGUCCGCCUCGUAUCACCGCCACCCGCCGUCGGGUCUGCAGUCACCGGCGCAGUUGCACUCAGCAACAGCCGGAGCGGCCACCGCUGCUGCGAGUGUGGACGGUGAUUACCACUACGCCGCGGAAGCGCGGGGCGCCUGUGGUGCCGAGGGCUUCGAAGCCGGCGACGGCGAUGAUGGGGAUCCCGAUGAGGACACGCUGGGGCUACUGGGCCCCUUUGCAGACCGAGCCACAGGCGGCAUUGGUGCUGGCAUCGGCGGCGGCGACGUCUUUGCCGGCGGCGCCAAUGGCAUUGGCGGCGCGGCGCUGCCGGACAUCCUGAUGCUGUCCGCCGGCGGCACCGAGGGCGGCGGCGGCGGCGGCGGCGGCGGCGUCAGCCUCAGCGGCCUGCUGCCACCAGCUGGCGACCUUGCGGCGGCGUCAACGGCGGCUUCAGCGGCAGGCGCGCGGCGCACGACACCCGGCGGCGGCGGCGGCAGUCGCUCCCACAUGUCUGCAUCCCUGGCGCUGCUGGACGAGCAGCCGGAGGGCGGCCCUGGCCCGGGCACUCUCAGCGGCGCGGGUGCGCUGGCGACGCUUGACGGCGGCAGCACCAUGGACGGCGGCGGCGGCGUAACGGCGUAUCGGCAAAUGCCGCGGCCCUCGGACCCGUCAAGCAGCCGCCAGCGCCCCAGCCGCCGCAGCCCUUCCUCCUCCCGACUGGGCUGCGUGUCUGUGGCCAACGGCGGCGCCGCCGCCGUCAGCGGCGCCGCCGGCGGGCUCCUGGUCGGCGCCGCCGGGCCCUUCAUCAGCAUGCUGGACGACCGCCCCACGGGGGCCUCCAUGGACGAAGCCAUUUGGGCCGCAGCCUCUCCUCGCGCCAGCGCCAGCGCCACCGGGGGCUUGACGUCGACGGCGGCGACACUACUGGCGAAUGAGACCGCGUUCGCGGCGGCGGCGGCGGCGGCCGCGGUGGCGAGCGGGUCGGGUCCGGCCGGGGCGCCACCGCCGCCGCUUUCCCUGGCUGCGGUGGCGGAGGCGGAGGCGGAGGCGCGGGCGGAGGUGCUGCUCACGUCGCCGUCAUCUGACCGGAGGAGCCCCGCCUGGAUGGUGAAACGCAUCAGUCAGGCCAAGCAGGACCGCAUGGUCGGCGAGGUGAGUGCUUGGCUGCGCGAGGCGCUGCAUUUCAACCGCGGUGGCGUUGGCGGCGGUGGCAGCGGCGUCCACAGCUCCACGGCUCCAGCAGGACACCUGCCGUCAGGCUCACCCGCCGGCGGCGGCAUCGCCGCACGUCUGACCCAUUACCCCUACCACCGCGCCUCGGAGAACCUUCCGCCCGCAUCUCCCGCGGGUUCCGGAUUUGGCACGCCGCCGCGCGCCGUGGACGUGCUGGGUGCGUACCGCCGCGGCACCAGCUGCUACGGCGUCGGCGGCGGCGCUUAUGGCAGCUCGUACGGCAGUUCGUACGGCUUGGCCGCAGGCAGCGUCGGCUACGGAAGUACGACAGCGGCGGUUGUGGGCAGUACGGACAUUGAUCCCGCGUAUGCUUUGGGCGGCGGCGGGCUGCGCCGCGCGGCGGUCGCAAGCCGUCCGAAGUACCGAGACCAGGAGGGCUAUCGGCCGUACGGGGAGGGCGGGGAGGACGUGUGGGCGGCUGCGGGGAGUGGCGAUGUGGCGUUUGCGGAGGUUUGCGGCUACCGGCACUCAGCGCCCGGGCGCAGGUUGGCAGGUUGAUGCAAGGGUUGAUUUGGAGUAGUAGUACACCGCCGGUCCAGGCGUGGCAGGUUUGUAGCACUGUUUCGGUGGGUACUAUAGAACAACAUAUGUUGCACUUGCGUUGCGCUGGAAGGUGCACGCCAGGUUGGUAUGUAUGGCUGACUACGAGUAUGUGUCUGUCGCUGUAAUUGCUGUUUCACGGCGUUGAAUCUUUUAGUACGUGGUGCUUGGUCACUGCUGUCCUGCGCCCUGCAAUCUGGGUCUGUGCAACUGUGCGAGUGUGCGACCUCGAUGAUGGGCGCCCCUGACCGGUUGCACUGAAAGUGUGGGUCAGGGAGUCUUUCCUUGAGAUGCAAACCACUUCUUUGUCUGCUGAAGCGCGCUAGGCCCUGCGUACGGUAGCGCAGCUCUCAUGGUGCAGGUCCUGGGUCGGUACCCGUUGGUAGAAUCCCAUUGCUGCAGCGGAUGAAAGUCACGGUACCACAGGCACGAGCGGGUGCUGCCGAGCACUGCCGCGUGUGUGGACAGCACGAUCAUACGCUGCGGCAGCGCAGGUGCGUCGAACCUUUGAAGGGCUUCGAGUGAUUGCCACGGAAUGGAGGUAGUGAGAACUACCAGGUUGGCGUGCGAAGGAGCUUCAAGUGCCCUGAAAUGCGACGAACAUA